UCCUGCAGUGUGGGCUGGAGCUGUAAAUUCUCUUUCAUUCAGUCUUUAUCUGUCUAGUUGGUGGCGCACUUGUUCAAUUUAAUUCUGCUGAGCGCCGCAGCAAUUUAAGUAGAGAGUACAACGCGUUACAGAUAAAGGGUUUUUUUUUUCUUUGAAAUAACAAACAAACAUAUCUUAGCUUAAAGGCAGUUCGCAGAGACAAUUGUUUUCAAAAAUGGAAGAUCAGAUAAGCUCUACAACACCCAGUGCUGAUGAUUUGAGUAAACGUGAACAAGAAUAUAUGGACGAAUCCUUAGAUCUGAUGGAGAAUAACGAGGCAGAGCCUCGCCCGGCAGAUCCAGUAAAUCAAUCUGUAACGCCUGUUUCGUUUUCUAACCCGGAGCCCUUUGCUAUACCAGAGAAGACACCGACGGCCAGCACUGGUAAACCUACUGAAACGGAACAGCACCAGGGCGAAAAGAAGCAGACAAAGACACAGGAGAUCCCAGAAAAAUCGGAGAAAACCACUCCUGUGGAGGAAGAAAAACGAGAAGCCCCAAAGCCCGAGAGUCCAGCAGUAUCCUCUUCAUCAUCGUCUGGAUUUUCAAGUUAUCGGGCCCUCGAACAAAGGCUAGGCAAAAGAGAUGAGACCAUUUUUCCUUCUGCUCCAUCUGAGCCUCUGAUGCAGUCCUUUGCAGAGAGCUUUGUGGACAUGCAAGAGCAGCCACGCAGCACUUGGCCACUUGACCAGAAGGAUGAUUCGUCUGUGCUUGUGGAGGCUGUUGCUCCAGUUUCCUCUCUGUCUCCUCUUCCUUCUCCUGACUCUCUAGAAGAACUCUCUCUUUCUGAAAGCUGUGACCAAGCCCCUGCUUCAGAUAAGGUACAAGAGACACAUGCUUGUCUGCUACAGACUGUUGAAGAUUCUCCUUCAAAAGUUUCUAACGCUAUGCCUUUAGCAGAAGAUGUGAAGGCUGUAGAAUCUAAAAUGGAGUCUGAGUUCUCAGAUACCAAAUUGAGCCUUGUUGGAGAAGCUGUGGAACAGACUCUGAAAACGGAGGAGGAUACAAAGGUAGAAAAGGCUGUUGAUUCGAACACUGGCACGCUUAGGGAUGUGUUACAGACCACUACUACUUUUCCACUGGAACCUAAUCAGAUUGUUGGUGCACAGCAGGAACAUUUUCCUGAAAUUGGCUUGCUCAAGCAUGUAGACUUGCAGAUGGUGUCUGAACUAAAAGAGCAAACCUCUCCAGUCCCUGAAAAGCCUGAAGUUGAUAGAAAAGACGGUUCAGAGACAGACAAGAUUGCUGGUAUUGCACUAGGAUCCCCUGACACGAUAAAGACAGAAUUAUGUGAAGUCGGUGGAUUUGAAUUUUCUGCUGAUCAAGUUGGCCAUUUAGUAGGGUCUCAGAAGAAUGAAAGAAGUCAUGAUGAACUUGAUUUUACAUUGGUGAAAGAUUCCAAAUACCAUGCUCCACAACCAUUAGACACUUCCUCUGGAUCAUCUUCUGAGCAGUCACCCCUCACACCUGAAGUUCAGUCUAUAGUGACAACUCAGCCCUACGUUACUUUUGCUACAUUUGAGCCUACUGCAGCCUUUGACUCUCCGCAACCAGACUUUCUAGAUGCCAGAAAAGCAGAGAGAUCUGUCCAGCCAGAGUCCUUCCUUGACUUUCAACCCGUAAGUGCUGCCAGUACUGGUUUGCCACAAGUGUUAGAUUCUGUGUCGGAGGAGAAUACCAUAAAGGUAUCUGAAAGCCCCACCCCAGACUUGGUGCAAGGGGCAUUUGACAAUGAGCUCCAAGAUGUAUCGCAAAUAAAACAUAGUGAUGAAACCAACGUUGAUUUAGUUCAGAGGACCUUCGAGUCCAUACAAGAACCUUUAGUGUGCCAGUCUGGGUCACCUAAGGAACUGGAGGGUACCCCUUUACCCCCUUCUCUCCCAGAUAUAUUGGAGUCUCCUUUGAGCUCUGGCAAAGUAGCUGCUGGAUCUUCUGAAGGUACUCAAGAUUCUGAACUAAGCCCUGUGCAAGUAACCUUUGAGUCUGUGAAACCAUUAGCCUUUGUCUCUGACUCCCAGAUUUCAGCUAAGCAGGAAACAGUUUCAUUUAAAGAAGUUAAAACAGCUACACCUGCUUUUGACGAUGCACAUAAGAGGUUGGGUGAGUGUGAUCUAGUAAAGGAAGCCCAAACCACCAGUGACCUCACUGCCCAGCUGGAUAACGAGGAAAGCCAGAUCUCCUCUCUGUCCAUGAGUCGAGGUUCUUCUGGCUUGUUAGAAAGUAUUAAAGAAUCUCCAAGUUUUGAGCAAAUGAUUGAAUUGUCCACCAGUCCAUCUGAGUUCAAGGAAUCGAUAAAACAAAUUCAUGAGAUGAAAGAACCUCUCCAAGAAUCUCCUGCAUUUGAGGCAGUGGGAGAGAGUAUCAAAGUCACUGAUCCUGUAAAUUUUGUGAUGGAAAGUGAAUGCAAGCCCCCGAAGGAAUUGGAGAAGGCACCUACUGAAGACACCUGUGCUUUUCCAGUAAGGGAAGCGCAUUUGGAAAAGCCAGUGGAAACCGUAGAAUUGGAAGGAUCCAUCGACUAUAGCGUUGCUACUGAAGAGUUUGAAAUAAUAGAAGCUAUGUCCAAUGAGCCAUUAUCAAGAGGAGUUAUAGAUGAGUUUUUGGAGACGUUGGAUAAUUCUAAAGUAUCAACUGUUUCUGAACUAGGUAUGGAACAUGAAAUGCCAUCCAAAUUUGACCCUGAUGAUUUAGCUACUGAACUAGAGGAACAGACUGAGUUUGCGCAAGUGCAUGUCAGCUCACAGCAAAGCUCCUUCACACUUUCAUCUGAACCUACACCUAAGGCUACAUCCCUGAAAAUUGAUCUGGGACUAGAAAACCAGAUUACCUGUCCUGAUACACUCAGAGAAGCCAAGUUCCAAGAAAUGGUGACCGAGGCUGCCUUGUCAGUGACACAGGUUCCAAAUAUCCACUCGACAAGUGAAAAAGCAGAGAAACCAGUUCCUCCUCCAAAGGCAGAUGAGGACCAGCCUCCCUCUGAUACUGGUAGACCUGAAGCCAGUAAGACUGAUCAGACACCAAACCUGAGCACAAAAGCAGUGGUGGACCUUCUGUACUGGCGCGACAUUAAAAAGACAGGAGUGGUGUUUGGAGCCAGCCUGUUCCUCCUGCUCUCCCUGACAGUGUGCAGCAUUGUCAGUGUGUUCUCUUACCUGGCUCUGGCCCUGCUUUCUGUCAGCAUCACCUUCAGGAUAUACAAGGGGAUUCUGCAAGCAGUUCAGAAGUCUGAUGAGGGCCAUCCCUUCAAGGCCUACCUGGACUCUGAUGUAGCUGUGUCUGAGGAGGUGGUUCACAAAUACAGUGAUGCUGCACUGGGCCACAUCAACUGUGCACUGAAAGAGCUACGACACCUCUUCCUGGUUGAAGAUUUGGUUGACUCACUGAAGUUUGCUGUAUUGAUGUGGAUCCUUACCUAUGUUGGCGCCUUGUUUAAUGGUCUGACGCUUCUAAUUCUGGCUCUAAUUUCAUUGUUUAGCAUCCCAGUUAUUUAUGAAAGGCACCAGGCACAGAUUGACCAUUAUUUAGCUCUGGUGAACAAUCAAGUUAAAGACAUUGUUGCUAAGAUCCAAGCUAAAGUCCCCGGACUGAAGCGCAAGUCUGAGUAAGGGCUUCAGGCAGCAUCUCUUGGAGAGAGUCACUCGGGCGGAGGGGAGCGAAUACAUUACCUUGACAUUGCAGUGUAAUUUCACGAAUCUCUAUAGCAGUCCUCUAGUGUUGUGAAAAUGUAACUCUUGUUAACCUGUCGUUGGUUUUCAUCAGCCUAAGUAUUAUAUGCCACUGCUUUUGUUUGAUCUAAUUAUUAUUUAUGUUGUUUUUAAACACUGGUUUGUAUUUCAGAAAACUGUAAAGUGUGCUUUGCCAGGGAAAGUCUUACGUUAAAGAAAAUCAUGGUGCAAGUGGAGCAGGGAAUUUGUUUUUUUUCUCUCUCUCUGUUUGCACAGUCUGAGGAUAGUUUUAAAUGCAACAAAUGUGUAGUGAAUGGUACAAUCUUGGCAAGAAAUGGACACUUGAUUUGGUAUUAAAUUUAGUGGUAUUGUGAUUUUUACUGUUUUUAUUGAUUUGACAGUGUAGUGUUUCACAAAAGCUUAAGCUUCAUUCAGCAGCUCCACAGUGCUUGAUCUGAUAACUUCCAUAGCACAUAAGCUUCAGAGUAUUUCUAGAACAUUAGCACCUUUGCAAAAACGUUUAUGCAGACGUUCACUUCAUUGCAGAUGCGUAGUAAAGUCCCAACAAACAAGUUUACAAACUGCACACUUAAACCCUGCUGUUUCUGAUUUAUCUGUGGACUGAAUACCUAAAGCUGCAACGUGUUACUUGGAAAUUUCAAGUAUUGUUUGUUAUGCAAGUAAUUGUGAAUGAAACUUCAUACAAUUGUGAUAAAAUCUGCUGAGAAUUAGUCUGUGGAAUGCAUUGUGAAAUGUAAACAAAAAACAAUAAAGCUUAUAGACAAA